CGGUAUGAAACUCACCAACUUCCGGUUUUCAGAAAGACUUUGGUGAUCGGCAAACAUCAUGAUUCGAUCUCUCUGUAGAAAGCUGUUGACACAAAAAUCAAUUACUCAAGUCAGGCAGUUUCACAGAGCCUCACCACUAUGUUCAGGUCAGCUGUAUGUUCAUAGAGAUACACCAGAAAACAAUGCUGACACUCCAUUUGCCUUUACACCUGAAAAUAUCAAGAGAUGUGAGUUGAUCAUUAAGAAUUACCCAAUUGGUCAUCAAGCUGCAGCAGUUAUUCCACUGUUAGACUUGGCCCAGAGACAACAUGGAUGGCUACCCAUUUCAGCUAUGCAUGUGGUUGGUGAUAUGCUAAAAAUGCCAAAAAUGAGAGUUUAUGAAGUUGCAACAUUUUACACAAUGUUCAAUAGGCAACCUGUUGGUAAAUACUUUGUACAGAUCUGCACAACCACACCAUGUAUGUUAGGAGGUAUUGGAUCAGAUCUUAUCUUAGAGGCAAUUAAGAAGAAUUUAGGUAUUAAUGUUGGAGAGACAAGUAAAGACAAUAUGUUUACAUUGAUAGAAGUAGAAUGUCUAGGUGCCUGUGUUAAUGCUCCCAUGGUGCAAAUUAAUGACAAUUAUUAUGAAGAUUUAACCGUAGAUGAUAUAAAUGGUAUAUUAAAUGAUCUAAAAGCUGGAAAAGUUCCAAAGGCAGGUCCAAGAAGCGGCCAAAAUAACAGAUUUGCUUCAGAACCUAAAGGUGGCCUAACUUGCUUAAAUACACCACCAACAGGUCCAGGAUUUGGUGUUAGGAGUGAUUUAUAAUAGACAUAUAAUAAAAUAGAUUGUUGAAUUUGUGUACAGUAUUUUAAAAAUAAAAUGGUCAGCUGAUAAGAA